UCCUCCUCUCACAGCUCAGCAGCAUAAACAACUCGACAAACCAAGUUAUUACAGUUAUGUCUCACCUUACCUACACGUCCUAUGAAGGUUAUGGCGAGCGCGCCAAGAAGGACCUUUGGUAUAGCCAAGCCGUCCGUGUCGGAGACAUCAUUGAAUGUUCUGGGCAAGGUGGUUGGGACCGAGAGACUGAGAAAAUCGACCCGAAUGUUGUGAUACAAAUAGAGAAAGCAUUUGACAAUGUCGAAUGUGCUCUGAAGGCAGCAGGUAGUCGCGGUUGGGAGGAUGUUUUCUUUUUAAGGUCACACCACCUGCCCUGCAACAACGAGGCAAUUGAAACAAUGGUUCGCUGCCUCAAGAAGUACUGCCCGAAUCAUCAGCCGACCUGGACAGCCUUGGGGGUCCCUCGCCUGGCUCUUGACGACAUGCGAGUAGAGAUCGAAGUGCGCGCGCAUGUCCCUAAAGACCGAGAAGAGAAGUAAAUGUGAUGGUUGAGUAUACUGAAUAGACAGAUCUUAAAAUUGAGUACAAUAUCACCCAG